ACUAUAAAACUGGAUAAUGUUGAGCCUGGUUUAUGCUCUCUGUUGCAUUGUAUGCGCGCACUUUGGCGCUUGCGCUACACACUUGUCCAAGAAUGUCUGUAUCGCACUAAAUAGCCAGGAUUCUGUACUUCAAAAGCAUCUCUGCCAGGAGAUUGGACUUGAGCCAUGCACAUCGAAUCCCAGAGUUUGUAGCAUCAAUUCGCGUAUAGUUAGGGAUGCAACUGAUAGAGAACUCUGUCUAAGGACCCUGUUUGGCUUUUUUGCAACAAUCUCAUGUGAGAGGGGAACCAAGACAAAAGACUACAUUUACAGUGCUAACAUGUACAGUAAGCAUAAAAAAGGAGACUAUGAAAGCCACAGUGAAAACGGGGAGUUUGCAAUUGUUUACGUUUCUAAAAACGUGGCACAGUCGAUUUGGAAAGCAUGCUCGCCCAGAGCUGGAAGGAUGUUUUCGGACAUUAUGAUUGACGAUGAAGCCAAGAGAUUCUGCAAGGAGUUGACUCUGAAUUCAAGCAAAGUUCAGAUUAGGCAGGGUGAAGGGAUUCCAUGCCUCUCCGAGAUUUUAAUAUUGAGAGCCGAGGAGAUAGCAGAGCUUGAGUGGCUCUUGGGAGGUUCUAUAACUUGGGGUCUAAUAAAGUCAAAGUCUUGGGGGAUCUGCAUAAUUAUCGUAAUGGUUUUGUUGGCAGCUUCUUCCUUGUAUAUAAAGCACGGAAGAAAGGAAAAGGACGAGCAAGAAAAUGAUCAUAGAGAGGAGGAAAGUGAAACUAGUAACCUCAUUGAGUUAGAUGUUAACAUGUAGGUCGAGGAUAUGUAAUCCGGAAGGUGCAAUAAUGGGAUUGCAGAAAUAUGGUUAUAAU